AUGGGUCAACAACUUCUAUCUCUAUGUUUGGUGGAAACCAAGAGAUUGCUAUGGCUUAUGGGCAUGAUGUUUGUUGUGAUUAUACUGUUCCAGUGUUUUGAACUUCCAUAUGGUAAUGUUCUAUUGCCUUUAUCUUCUGCUGGUAGGGUUUGGGAAGUGAGAAAUAGUACGUUCCAUAUAGGAAAUUCACCAUCUAAACCUGAGAUGAUUGGUAACAUGUCACUUUUGAAUGGUUCAAACUGCACCAAUACAUAUGCUAUUCAUGAGGGAGCUAAUAACACUGGAACGUCCAAAGGGAUGGAUAGAAACCCAAAGAAUGGGUUUGUAUCAGAUAGAAAUGGAGGCUCACAUAAAUCUUUAGGAUUGGAUGAGGAUAACAAUGCUAAUGAGUCUUCAUCUGAGAAUCUGGAUUGGCUAAAUAGAAAUUCCACAGUUCCCAAUAUAAAGAAUGAUACUACAGAUGGUAACUCUUCGGUAGGGGAGCUUGGAAAGGGAACUAAUACCACUGCACCAGAAGAUAUUGGAAGGUCAGGCGCUGAUUCUGCAUCCCCUUCGUCUGCAUUACCGCCUAUUAGUUCAUCAUCUAAUCCAGCUUCUACCAUAGUCGUGGAUACAAAUAUUAGAACACCUAUUGUUGAUUCCAAGACAUCCUUAUUGGAGAAAAAUGGAACGACCACUUCUGAGAGCAGUGAAAAAUCUGGGCAAUCACAAAUUGGCCUCACCCCAUCGGGCAAUAAUCCUUCUGUGAAUAGGGUUCCCAAGGUGACUAAUGGGCACGAGAUACCAACCUCUCCUGUAAUUUCAAUAUCAGAGAUGAACGAUUUAUUGCUCCAAAGCCAUGCUUCAUACCAGUCAAUGGCACCACAAUGGUCUUCUGCUGUUGACCAAGAAUUACUGUAUGCAAAAUCACUGAUUGAGAACUCACCCAUUCUAAAGAAUGAUCCAAAGCUUUAUGCUCCUCUAUAUAGGAAUGUUUCCAUGUUCAAAAGGAGCUAUGAGUUAAUGGAAGAUACUCUCAAAGUAUAUAUUUACAGGGAAGGGGAAAAGCCCAUCUUCCACCAGCCACCACUCAAGGGAAUAUAUGCAUCUGAAGGAUGGUUCAUGAAGCUGCUGGAAGCUAACAAAAAGUUGGUUACGAAAAACCCAAGGAAGGCACAUCUGUUUUACUUACCCUUCAGCUCUCGAGCGUUGGAGAUAACAUUAUAUGUACCUAAUUCACACAGCCGUGAGAACCUUAUACAAUAUUUGAAGAACUACUUGGAAAUGAUUACAGUGAAACAUCCUUUCUGGAAUAGAACUGGAGGAGCAGAUCAUUUUCUUGUUGCUUGCCAUGACUGGGCCCCAGAUGAAACAAAGAAACAUAUGGCCAAGUGCAUAAGAGCCCUCUGCAAUGCUGAUAUGAAAGAAGGUUUUGUUUUAGGCAAGGAUGUGUCUCUUCCUGAAACAUAUGUGCGCCUGGCUCGGAAUCCACUCCGGGAUCUAGGGGGCAAAUCUCCUUCCCAGAGGUCAAUUCUUGCUUUCUUCGCAGGAAGCAUGCAUGGUUAUGUACGGCCAAUUCUGUUAAAGCAAUGGGGAAACAAAGAUCCUGACAUGAAAAUCUUUGGUAGAAUGCCUGAUGGCAAGGGGAAUAAGAAGUAUAUUCAGCAAAUGAAGAGUAGCAAGUAUUGUGUAUGUGCAAAAGGUUAUGAAGUCAACAGCCCACGAGUGGUGGAGGCCAUAUCUUAUGAGUGUGUCCCGGUGAUCAUAUCUGACAACUUCGUGCCUCCAUUUUUUGAAGUUUUGGAUUGGGAAUCCUUUGCUGUUUUUGUGUUGGAGAAGGAUAUUCCAAAUUUGAAGAGUAUACUCCUUUCAAUCCCGGAGAAGAGAUAUCUUGAGCUACAGAUGGGGGUCAAAAGGGUACAACAGCAUUUUCUUUGGCAUGCUAAGCCUGUAAAAAUUGAACCCUUCAUAAAAUAA